GAAUAUUGUUAUUUAGCAAGUGAUAUUUCUGGUUUCUUGUAUAUUAGGGAUAAUGGUCAGGUAUCUGGGAAGGUUUUAGUUUACAGGAAUCCAGGUCUGCAUUUUGGGGAUGUCCAUGUCCUUGAAGCGGUUUAUGUGCCGGAGCUGGAGGAUAUAAUUGGCAAUGCCAAAUAUGGUAUAUUCUUCUCCACGAAAGGUCGGAGAUCUGUUGCUUCUGAAAUUGCAAAUGGAGACUUUGAUGGUGACAUGUAUUGGGUUUCUAGAAAUCCUCAGCUCUUAAAGUACUUCAGAGCAAGUCCACCAUGGACGCGUGUUUAUCCAAGUCCGCGAGCAGAGAGUAAGAAUCCAAAUGAAUAUUCAGCUGAACAAUUGGAGCAUGAGCUUUUUCGACAUUUUCUAAAGAAGCCAAGCUAUAAUAUGGCCGUUGCGGCUGAUAGUUGGCUAGCUUUUAUGGACCGUCUCUUGAUAUUGGGUGAUGACAAUGCCAAAGAGAAACAUGCUUUGAAAGAAAAUAUGCUUAAGUUGAUUGAUAUAUAUUAUGACGCGCUGGAUGCACCAAAACGUGGAACGAAGGUCAUUGUACCUGAGGAGUUGAAGGCAGAAAGAUUUCCCCAUUACAUGGGAAAGGAUGGUAGCUACCGUUCUUCUUCUGUGUUGGGUGACAUUUAUGAUAGAGCAGAGGCAUUUCAAUCUGAACAACGGUGUAUAGAUAUUGAAAAACUACCGUGUUUCGAUGUCGAAGUUCCCCAAAACUACUUGAGCUCUUGGAGACGAAGGUACAACGAGUAUCGAAAGGAGAUGACAGUGGCAAUGCAAAAGGAUGAUGAAUCUAGGAAUGAUGCUGCUGAUGACGUAAUCAAGAAAUACAAGCGGUUACUGUACGAAGCAGCAGAGUUUGAAGAAAGUCAGAAGGAUGUGCAGGAGAUCCACAAGGAGGCACUUGCAUUAUAUCAAGUAACCUAUGAGUAUGCCAUUAGCACAAAAGACGCAGGAAAAUGUGGGUUUGCCUGGAAAGCAGCAGGUUCUGCUCUCUUGAACUAUUUUGCUACUGGCAGAAACGAAAGACUCGUACCAGUUUCACCAUCUGCUCUGCGAGAACUGUUGACUUAGACUCUCUUGGUCUUUCGCAACUGGCUUCGAAAGCACUGACCCAACUAGGAGUGUAGUAAAAUGUUAAAGAGACCACCUACUGGUAUUAUGCCCCGAGUACAUCUCUAAAUAGCUCAUCCCUGAGCAAAGUAUUGCAAGGAGCCUUCAGAAGUUGGUAUGUAUUUUUGUUGUGGCCUCAUCUUCCCUAAGCAACUAGUUGUUUGUUGUUGGGUAAAUUUCUGAGCUCCUAUAGCUUCUGUAAAUAUAGAGCUACGCUCAGACAGUUGUAUGCAUGUAUGUGUCGGAGAUCGUAGCGGGUCGGAUGAUGCCAUUGUCUAAGCAAGCACCUGCUAAUAUUAUUAUUACUAUAUCUUUGUGUGUCUGCCGGUGCUUUUGCAUUGGUAAAAUUUUCAA